GGCAGACGGUGGUCCAACAUCGGGGGGGACGCUGUUCACUGCUGGAUGGAGUAAACACAACAAAAAGCAGGAGGGGAAGAGGAUCAGUGCGGCAAGCAGGAGGAAAAAGACGCUCCGGCUGAAUGCGGCUCGUCGGGUAAUAGAAUUGCCUUGUCAACUGCCCUGAACAAAGCUGCUGUUCCGCCAUGUUGGUCCAGCUUCUGAGCUUGUCCCUGACCUUUACACUGUGUUGCUGCACAUUCCCAAACCAUCCGUGGGGAGAUUGGAACGACUCGCAGCUUCAGCCCACGAUCCAGAAGCUGAUGAAGGGAUACAACAGAUAUCUCAGACCCAAUUUUAAUGAGGGUCCAGUGGAAAUUGGAAUGAGUCUUGAUAUAGCAAGUAUUGAUGCCAUCUCUGAGAUCAAUAUGGAUUACACUGCCACUAUCUUCCUACGUCAGCGGUGGAGGGACUCCAGACUGGUUUUUCCAGGGAACGAGAGUGUCAGCGUGGAUGGACGCCUGGUGUCGCUGCUGUGGAUUCCUGACACCUUCAUUCCCGACUCUAAACGUUCCUUUCUGCACGACGUCACAGUGGAAAACCGGCUGAUCCGCAUCUUCAGCAAUGGAACGGUUCUCUACGCUCUACGCAUCACGGCCACCAUCGCCUGCAACAUGGACCUGACCAAGUACCCGAUGGACCGGCAGGUGUGCACGCUGCAGCUGGAGAGCUGGGGCUACAAUCUGCAGGACGUGGUGUUUUACUGGACCAGAGGAAAUGACUCUGUGAGAGGACUGGACACGCUGCGUCUGGCUCAGUACAGCGUGGAGAGCUACUACACCUCAGUGACCCAGGCCGUGUAUGAGACCGGACGAUAUCCCAAGCUGGUGCUGCACUUCGCUCUGCGGAGGAACGUGCUCUUCUUCAUUUUGGAGACAUAUGUUCCCUCCAUUCUGCUGGUGGUUCUCUCAUGGGUGUCCUUCUGGAUCAGCCAGUCCUCUGUACCCGCCCGGACUUGCAUCGGAGUGACCACGGUCCUGACAAUGACCACCCUGAUGAUGGGCGCCCGCACCUCCCUGCCCAACGCCAACUGCUUCAUCAAGGCCAUCGACGUCUACCUUGGCAUCUGCUUCACCUUCAUAUUUGGCGCCUUGCUGGAGUACGCCUGCGCACACUUCUACACCAUGCAGCACCAAACCCUGGACCAGUUACAGCAGGAGCUACUGAGAGACUUCAAGGAAUCCAACGGAAAUGGCUCCAUCCCGGUGGUCACCUCCACCCAACCCAAGAAGCCCGUGGAGAUCGGCGCCAGCGAGCAGGAGCCUGCUGAAGAGCCCAAACCCAGCGAGCCCGCCAACCCCCCCGCCCCCGUGGAGAACACGCCGGUCCAGAGCUUCAGCCUGGCCUCGGUGAAGAGAGCGUCACGCCACGUGGCCAAGGUCUUCACCGUGGAGAACCCGCACAACAUCGACCGCCACGCUCGCACCGUCUUCCCCACCACCUUCUUCUUCGUCAACAUCCUCUACUGGCUUUAUUACCUCUGUCUCUAAACGCGUCUCCAGUGACCGCCAACAGCCUUCGGGCCUUUUGUUUACAGGUGAAUCUCCAACAUCCGUGGAAGAGCUUUGAACAACCAGAUGCCUGAACUGUCUCCAACUCAACUGUGCUGCCUUGAUAAAUGUACAAGCUUAUGUUGAAGACGUCUUACUUUCUAUCAGAUCA